UAUUUCUUCACCCUCGCCCUUGCUUGUGCCUCCCCCCCUUCUAAACCUCACAUAAUUAAUUCACAUUAAUUAAAGAGACACACAUACGUAAAUCAACACAACACAAACCCAGAAUCAAACGUAGUAACUCUGUUGGGUUUUUUCCUUUCUCCGGGAAACAGAUAGAGAGAAAGAAGGAAAAAGUUCCUUUUUGUUGUAUCGUAUGUUUGUUUCUUCUGGGAAUCUUAUUCCUCAGAAAAACAAAGUAAAAAAAAAACAUAUUUUGAGGCGUGAGUCGGAUACCCAAUUGGCGUGUUGAUGAAAUGCGCGAAGGGGUUGUGAGCAAUUUGGCUUGUGGUAUUGUGGAUGUGAAUCGAGUUUGAAAGUUGAAAUUGUGGGUUGGGACAUGUGAUUGGAAUUGGGGGAGAGGGAACGGGUAAGGGAAUGGCUCGUGAUGGGAGUGUCGUCCCUGCGGACCCGCAGGCAAUGGCGGUUGUGAAGAAGAAGACGCAGUCUUCGAGGAGUUGGAUUCUGUUUGACGCCACUGGGCAAGGCACGUUGCUCGACAUGGACAAAUAUGCCAUCAUGCAUAGGGUUCAGAUUCAUGCGCGUGAUCUCAGAAUCCUUGAUCCCUUGCUCUCUUACCCCUCUACCAUUCUUGGUCGUGAGAAGGCCAUUGUUCUUAACUUGGAGCAUAUCAAGGCAAUUAUCACCGCUGAAGAGGUAUUGCUGAGAGAUCCAACAGAUGAAAAUGUGAUCCCUGUUGUUGCGGAACUGCAAAGGCGGUUGCCUCGAUUAGGUGCUGGUCUUAAACAGGAAGGAGAUGGUAAAGAGUAUCUUGGUGGCCAAAAUGAUGCUGAAGCAGCUGAAGAAGACGAGUCACCCUUUGAAUUCCGGGCCCUGGAGGUUGCUUUAGAAGCCAUUUGUAGUUUUCUUGCUGCACGUACAUCAGAAUUGGAGAUGGCUGCUUAUCCUGCAUUAGAUGAACUUACCUCCAAGAUUAGUAGUCGAAAUUUGGACAGAGUUCGAAAACUGAAGAGUGCAAUGACAAGGCUGACUGCUAGGGUUCAAAAGGUCAGAGAUGAGCUUGAACAAUUGCUGGAUGAUGAUGAUGAUAUGGCUGACCUAUACCUGUCAAGAAAGGCUGGUUCAGCAUCACCAGUUAGUGGAUCAGGUGCUGCUAAUUGGUUUGCUGCCUCUCCUACCAUAGGAUCAAAGAUAUCUAGAGCAAGUUUAGCAACAGUUCGUUUAGAAGAAAAUGAUGUGGAAGAGCUUGAAAUGUUACUCGAGGCUUAUUUCAGUGAAAUCGACCACACAUUGAACAAAUUAACCACACUGCGAGAGUACAUUGAUGAUACCGAAGAUUAUAUUAAUAUUCAACUUGACAACCAUCGUAAUCAGCUGAUUCAGUUGGAGCUCUUUCUUAGCUCAGGAACUGUUUGUCUAUCUUUCUACUCUUUGGUGGCUGCUAUAUUUGGCAUGAAUAUCCCAUAUACUUGGAACGAUAACCAUGGUUACAUGUUCAAAUGGGUAGUUAUUGUCUCAGGAGUAUUUUCUGCGGUGAUGUUUCUCAUUAUUACAGCCUAUGCUCGCAAGAAGGGGUUAAUAGGAUCGUGAAAAUCAAUCUACUGAAAAAAGGGGUGAAUAGGACUCCUACAUAUAACAGUCUAAUAAUGAAUUUAUGUUGAAGAGGUUUUUAUUGUAGAUGGUUCAACAUCAUGUUGAGUUAUUGGACAUGCUUCAUGUUGAGUUAUUGGAUCUGCCAUUUCCUCACAGCUAUUCUGUUCUCUGGAUUCAGUCAUUAUAACAGAUUGCAAAUACAGUCUACAGAUUCAAAGUUGAUUCUUGAUUUUGAAUAAUUUCAAAGGCCUUGAUACUUAAUUUAAUUAUAAUUAAGUUGAAUAUGCUAGUCUUUACAUACUUUUUUUCUACUAUUUCUCUUCUGUUCACUUCUAUGUAAACAAGGAUAGGAUAAGUGCCACCGAACUCCAAAGCAUUUCAUCAAUUAGAUACAAAAUUUAAUUA